AUUUCAGUUGACUUUGUAUGCAACAGCAGAUUACACACGACGAUUUGUUCGGGAAAACAAGGACACGGAAUGCUCGGUUUUUAUUGGGCAAUUUUGGCGUGAAGAAAAUCAAUCGCAAUCAAUCUAGUAGUCGCAGUUAAUCCAAUAAAAAAAUGAGUAAAUCACCAUCAUCGGAAACGGCCAGUGAGACGCAGAGUAUUAGUGAUGAGUCCAUCGCAACUUCGGUGUCGAAUUCGAUCAGAGUUUUCCAGGUCGAACACAUCGUCGAAAGCUCCGAAAAAAUCAGCUCAGAAGGAAGAAUCAAAGGAACGUCCACCGUGGCGUGCGGCAAGUGUUAGCAUGGUCCCGAAAAGUGAUCUGCGAGCUAGAAUUUUAGAUGUUUCCAAACGGCUGCGACGGGUAAAUGCAUCGGUUCAGACGGAUCCCGGCCACACCAAGCUGAUGAAGGAGGCUUCAACCGACGAACAGGAGGACCUCAUCGCCAUGGUGGAUGAGGAAAUUCUUACAGAUGGCAACCUGGCCAUUAGGCAGAUAGGAAACUUCACCCUAUCGCAUUCAGUGGCACAAAUGACGGAUGAAAUUCCAACGUUGAAUGCAUCCACUCAAACGGCAAUGCCUCGAAGCGGUGUUUCGUUCCGUAGGUUUCUCGAAGCAGGUGCCGGUGAUGGACCAACAUCCAAACAGGUUACGGAUGAAGACGAUGAUGUGAAAAAAUCUUCAAGCUUUGAUGAACUACAGAAAAUAGAUGAAAAGAUCAAAGAGUUCUUCAACACCCCGGAAUUGGAUACGUUGGAGUUACCAGAGGACAACGAAUCAACUCACAGCAUGGACAGUAUCAAGGACCAGCACACACCAGAUCUCCUUACAGGGUCCUCCAAGGAUUCCGGACUAAACAAGGUGAAAAUUCCUGAGCCACCGACGUUCAAUUCCUGGCAAAACUUGGACUUUUCCGACGAAGAAUCCGAACACUACGUAGCGCGGGAACUUCCCCGCCGAACAAUCGGUGAAGGCACGAAACCGUGGGCAGAAUUUAAAGAUCUCGUAAUUGGUUCCCGACUGGCAAAUAUGCGACUAUCCCCUGUCCUUCCCAGGAAGCCUAGACCGAACAAAAAAACCGUAACCUGGAGCGAUACGCAGCAUCGUGCCGUGUCCAAUCUAAUCCAUGAGGCGACCGCUCUAGUGGACAUGUUCGAUCAGGUUUCCAUGCUGUUAGGGCCGGAUAUAAAAUUGCAUGCAGUAAAACCACAGGAAGAGGAAUUCGAACUGCCUCCGCCCAAAUGGGAACCACUGCUGACCAAGUCCUGCCAUCUAUUGCAGGAAAAACUGGAACAGGUCCGUCAUUUGACCUGCGAAGACGUGGAUGACCAAUUGCUGCUGAGCCCAUCAAUGCAGCCAAUCGUCGAUGUCCACGAUAAUGCGUAAGCUUUUUAGACAAAAUCAGGAUUUGUUUUAUUUUUCGAACAAUGUUUUGUUU